UGAGUCAGUUUACCUUAUAAAAUAACUUUUGUUUAUUCAGAACACGACAAUUUUCAGUACAAUCGCAACCAUCAAAAUUGGUUUUGAAUCGCUCGUGAGACGUGGAAUUUCCCGUAUUUAUGUUAUAACUUUCCAUUUUCAUUGACCUACUUUGCAUAUUUCCAAUGAUGCCUGGUGGUCAAAUUCAACAUGGCGUCCCGCACGGAUUUACAUGCGCGAUUGAUACGGAAAACCAUAACUAAAAGUAUUCAUCCGAACAUUCCCGAAAGAGUCAACUUCAUAGAAAUGUAGCGAAAGUGUCAAUCAGUUAGCGAAGUAAAGAAAUUUUAUGCAAAAUGCGUAUAAAGGACAUAUAUAAGAUGAAACCUUAUAUUGCAUAUUUUUGAAUGGAACGGAAUAGAGCUCUUACUGAGGCCCGAUACUGGCGAUAGGGAUAGCCGAAUUCGGAGCUCUAUGUAUAGAUCUAGGCAUGCUCGCAAAUGAACUAGGUCCUUGAAUUGCUGAACGAAAUAUGGGUAUAACGCACAAAAGUGGGUUGAUAUUCGCAUUUAUUCUGCUGCAUGGUACCACGUGCAACGCAGCUUCACAAGAUCGUCUAAAGUCACGUUUAGAAGCCUUACUUGAAAAUGUGAAUGCAAGUGGUAUGCUCCAAGCGGAGGAUCCCAUAGAUCAUGAAUUACCGCCGGCCACUGGACUUGUUCGAAAAGCUGUUUCUACAAACCGCGUGGCCUUUCAUGUCUAUAUGAGCAGAUCACGAUGCUAUAAUAACCGGGAGAUCUUAAAGUUUGACAGAAAAGUGGUUGAUAUUGGAAGCAAGGGUGGAAGUGGAUUCAAUAUGUAUUCUGGCAUUUAUGUUGCACCAACAACAGGUCUCUAUGUAUUUACCUGGACCGUGGCUGCGGAGCAUAGAACCUGGUUCGUUUCGGAGCUAGAAGUAAAUGGCGCUGUAAAAGGCAUUACCAAGGCAGAUUCCGAUGUGAAAGGAAACGGUGUAGGUACUCAUCCAGUAACUGGGUUUGUUCUUGCUCAAGUAAUAUCUGGUGACCACGUGUAUAUUCGAUUCAUCAGGCACACUGGAUGCACCGUUAAGAGCGAUAGUUCCAAUCGCAGUACGUUUACGGGCUGGCAGAUGUUCUAAAUAGUCUUUUCGUCUUGUCGCGGGAAGUUCUGAUGAUCACUGUCAUACGACUCUUGCUUAUCUGACUAUAUUAUAUCUUCCUGUGUGUUUGACUGUAAAUCUUAAUCGUGUCAAUAGACAUGCAUCAAACCGUAUCUCCCCUAACCAGUGUUGAUUCUAAUUUAGAUUAAUGUUAUCAAAUUCUUUUGUUAGUUUUAUUCAUCCGUAUUUCAAUGAUAUCAGUCCGGUUUUUGUUAAGAACUUAUUUGACAAAACGUUCUUGGAAAA